AUGGUGUCCGGGGCGGCUGAUGUUAUGGAGGUAGCAGUGGCAGGAGGAACGCAGCUGGAUCCAGAGCUUCCAACAGACGAGUGGAAGAUUAUCGACCAGGCAGAAACGCUGAAGUGCCAGGUGCUGAGCUACCUUGCCCAGUACAACGGGAGCCCCGACGGGCGUGACGCAGAAGAGGUCUUGCGGCUCAGCUCGCCACGGGACAUCUUGACUUGCGUGUUGCUGGAUGCCAUGCGACCUUUGACAGAGCAUCCUGUUGAGAGGGCCUAG